AUGGCACUGCUUCACUUGCUGUGGAAGGCGCAUCCACAAGCCACCCCUCCAAGGCAGCAGCCGCGACAUUCGACACAACCCUACAAAGGCAUUGGAGACCGCAAACAUCGCAAGCAUAGCCUCGAUCGUGUCUAUAUCAAUACACAACCGCAGUUGCCCCUCAUCCAACUGGCCCCGGCCCACGCCCUUUGUUCAACGCCCUCGCACACAGGAAAGCGGCCGCGUGUUUGUCAUAUGCUCAAGCGGAGACUGAUGGGCAUCUUCUGCUCCAACCCCGACAAAGAAGACAACCUUCCGCUGGGCGACUUAAUCAUCCAGGUGCUCAAGGUCAAGGAUCGCGAGCUCUUUGAACAGAAGCCGCCGCGACACGGCUAUGGGGACCAGGAGCAUGCCCGAUUUCCGGGCGAUCACUUCCUGUCCAAUGUCGACAUCAUCAACCAGACGCACCUGCUCAAGGUUGCGCAGUGGAUGCCCAAGGGUGCCCACCUGCACAUUCACUUCAACUCGUGCUUGCUCCCCGGCGUUCUCCUGAGCAUUGCAAAGACGAUGGACCGCAUGUUCAUCAGGAGCAGUGUGCCCCUCGUGAGGACAAAUGACCCCCAUGCGUUCGAGCGAUGUGAGAUUCAAUUCUCGAUUCGGGGACAAGAUAUGAACACCCCCGGCGAUAUCUUUUCCUCCGACUACGAACCAACGCAGGAGAUGCAUUUCAAGGAAUUCCUCAACAUCUUUCCCAAGCACGCUGGUUUCGACCCCAUGCCUUGGCUGGAAGAGAAGCUCAUGUUUACGGACGAAGAGGCCCACGGCAAGUGUCAGACCGUCCUCGGGGCCUGGAGUAAAUUCAACGGUCGCACACGCAUGAUGAAGGGGCUCUUCAACUACGAGACGGCUUAUCGGAAGUAUACCCGCCUCUUGCUGGAAGAUUUCGUCCGGGACAAUAUCCAGUACGCCGAGAUCCGACCAAACUUUAUGACGACGAACCAAGUGUGGCUCGACGACGGCUCAAAGCAGGUCGAGAACCAGGAGAUCGUCAAGAUGAUCAUUGAAGAGUACGAAAAGUUUCAAAGGAAGAACAAGGGCUACUUUGGCGGCAUGAAGAUUAUCUACUGCACCCCGCGCUCGUUCACGAAUGACCAGGUCCGGAAGGCCCUCGGGGAGUGCCUCGAGUUCAAGGGCCGGUGGCCCGAGUGGAUAGCGGGCUUCGACCUCGUAGGCGAAGAAGGCCAGGGUCGGCCCCUCCGCGAAUUCGUCCCCGAGUUUCUCGAAUUCCGCACCCGCUGUGACGCGGCUGGGCAUACGAUCCCCUUCCUCUUCCACUGCGGUGAGACGCUCGAGAUGGGCAACGACACGGACGGCAACCUGCUCGACGCGCUGCUCCUCAACUCGCGUCGCAUAGGCCACGGCUUUGCGCUGGCGCGCCACCCCUACGUCAUGGAGCAGAUGAAGCUCCGUGGCGUCUGCCUCGAGGUGUGCCCCAUCUCCAACGAGGUAUUGGGCCUGACGCCGCGGAUGAACGGCCACUCGAUCUAUAACCUACUGGCCAACGACGUGCAUUGCACCAUCAGCUCGGACAACGGGACGCUCUUCAGAUCAACCCUCUCUCACGACUUUUAUCAGUUCAUGGUCGGCAGGCAAGACACGAGCCUCUUCGGCUGGAAGCAGCUCAUCCAGUGGAGCAUCAAGCAUGCGUGCAUGGAGGACAAGCAGAGACACAAGGUGACAGCCGUGUGGGAAGGCCUGUGGGAGACAUUCUUGGACAAGGUGAUUGACCAAUACUCUGAUCUGAUCGGAGACGAUCUGUAA